CCAAUCUCUCCUGAUCCCGGUUGCCUCGCACAGGUUGCACAACUUGCGGCGGCAGGUCUCAAGAGGUCGCCUCGGCUCAGCGAACGUUGUUGACGAGCGCGUUGCAACUUGCAAGUCACUCAGCUUAGCCCGUGCUUGAUUCACAGGGUUCUCGAUAAGAUAAGCACCGAGCGCUAAGCUCACUCGACCUCGACGAACCGCAUCAAUUAUCGGAGCAAGUCCCUACAACCAAAUCAACGAGCAAUGGACGGAUCCGGCCCAUGGGUACCAGAUUUCGAUGAUAACUCCCCAUGGCGCUGGCCCUGGUGGAAGUUUGAUAUGAAACCCGAAGACUUAUUCACGACGCUGACCGAUCGAUACAACACGGUGCCGUACAAGACCCAGAAUUACGAAGCAUUUCACCAGGACGUCAACGAAAUCGCGGCUAAAGCCGAGGACGUGCUCGAUUUCCAUCAACGGCGUGCGCUCCGGCGAGAGCAGCGAAUCCAGGAGAUGCGACGAGCUUGGGACAAUAUAGGCGUCAACGUCCUCUGCAACUCUUCGGUCUUUGAUGACAACGCCGCUCGCUUGAAGGCCUUCCUGUACUUUACUUCGAAUCUUUCCCUGGAUGCUCUCAUACUCUUCGUGGAUUCGCUUCAUCCGCGGCCGCUGCGGGCUCGCAGGGCAAUAUGGCUGGGAGCAUCGACAUGGACGCUAGCGCACCCGAUCGAGGUCAUGAGAAACAACGAAGACGCGGUGGACUCGAGAAAAGGUAAUAGCUCGAACCGGCGAGGCAAUGGAAGGAUAUCGCGACCGUCGCCGAGAGCGACACCAUCAUCGCCGCCAGUCCUGACAAGGCAUGCUGGCGUCAGCAGGAAAACGACACAGCGCGGCGGCACGGCUAGGCUAGGGACGAGUAAAGCUGGGCAGCCGGACAGCGAUCCCCGAACGUCACCCGACCUUCGGCUGCAGAGAAAGCGGCAUCAGCAACGUCCGGCAAAGAGGCGUACAAGUCGCAGGUUGGCUGGUCGGCCACCUGAGUUUAGCGAGGCCUAG